GAGAUUGCCAAGCAUCAACUGAUUUCUAUGGACUGACCAGUCGCUACUCUCAAUAACAACACUCUGCUCGACACAGACCUGCAUCGGCUCUUACUGGAUACUAUCCAACAGUUGCCCCAACUUUCCGCCUCCGCAAACACACAUUCUCACCACCAUGGCCUGGCUACCGUGGAGCUCCGGGUCCUCAGACGAGGGCGGCGUAAAGAAGACAGCCGGCGGCGCAUUCGAGAGCCCAUCACGAACAAACCGAAAGAUGUGCUACGCAGCACGUGAUUCCUUCUUCGAGUGCCUCGACAAGAACAACAUCCUCGACAGCAUAAACACAAAGUCAGGGAGAGAGAAGGCGGAGACGUUCUGCUCGCAGUUCGACAAGGAGUUCGAGAAGAACUGCGCACACAGCUGGGUCGAAUAUUUCAAGAAACAACGAGUCGUCAACUACCAGAAGGAACAGACAAUCAAGAGACUGGAGUCGCAGGGUGGAGAGAUCACAGCACCGCAACUGCCUCUGCCAGGCCAGAAGUAGACGAUUACGGACACGCCGCUCACGACGAUGUACAAUAUGUACCAUAUGUAGAAUAUACCAUGGGUCCCUAGGAGGAGAAAAGCUCAAACAUCAUCGCCGACACAAGGUCGCUAGUUGUAUGAGAUUGACUACAGGUCUUACGAAUGUACAAGUGUGGAGCCGUACCGCCGUCUUCCUAU